CGGACCCGGAAGUCGUGGAGCCGUUGCGGAGGGCGAGUUUGUUCUCAGGGCGCGAAGGCCGGGAACCAGAUUUGAAACUCCAGAAUCUUCAACCAGUGCCCCUCAACCAGAUGGCGCUGCCCAGCCUCUCUUCGCUCUGGGUCAGCCGCAACAGGGCCCUGGAGAAGCAGAUCGUGCGCCAGCGUGAGCAAGAGGCCCACUUUCGUCAGCAGUGGGAGCUCAACAGCCGCUAUUUCAAGCAGUCAGGGGUCUGCAGCAGGAAGCAGGAACAGUGGAGUUCGAGGCAGUCCUAUCAGCAGAGCAUGGCUGCUUACCAUCGGGAAAAGCUGAAGGAAGAAAAGCAGGUCAGCCUGCAGCAGAGGCGCACACGGCUCCAGAGAUUGCUCUAUGAGGAGCGCGAGAUGCUGGCAGCAGAGUUACGGGAGCUGCGCCUAAACAAGGACACACAGAUGAGCGAGAUGAGGCAGAAGCACGAAGUGCUGAAAUCUGCCAGGGAGGAGCAAAGAAAGCAGAUUGCAGCAGAUCUUUUGCACGAACGCUGGAAGAAGAACAGCGCUAAGCUCAGAGAGGUUGAGUCUGAGCUGCACAAGCAGCACCUGGUGGAGGCCUGGGGAGACCAGCUGGCACAGAAGCAGCAGCAAGAAGCAACUGAACGGGAAGAGAAGAUCCACCUGGAAAAUAAAUAUGAGGCUGCUCGGAGGGAAGCCCUGGAAAGGAUGAAGCAAGAAGAGGAGAGGAGGAAGCAGGAAGGGAAGGCGCAGGCUGAAUGUCUGCGGCAGCAGAUGGAGGAGCUCACGCUACGGGAAGCAGAGGCUGUGCAGCUGAAGGAGGAGGAAGAGAGCCUGAUGAGGCAGCGCUGGGAGCUGGAGGCCCUGGAAGAGGAGAGGAAGCAGGCGGAGCAGAGUAGAAAGAAGACGGAGCUGGGUCGUUUCCUGAAACACCAGUAUCGGACCCAGCUGAAGAGACGUGCCCAGCAGAUCCAGGAAGAGCUGGAAAAGGACAGGCAGAUUCUCCUGGCUCUGGCAGCAGAGGAGGAGAAGGACCAGAGCCUGCAAACUGCCCGCCGGGAGCAAGCUGUUGCCGCUGUUGCCUGGAUGAAGAAGGUGAUUGAGGAGCAGCUGGAGCUGGAAAGAGAGCGGGAGGCGGAGCUGGAGACCCUCUUCAGGCAGGAAGCAAAGCAAGUCUGGGAAAAACGAGAAGAAGAGUGGGAGAGGGAGCGGACAGCCCGAGGCAGGCUCAUGGCUGAGGUCCUGGCAGAGAGGCAGCAACAGAUCCUGGAGAAAAUGGAGCAAAAUAGGCAGGCCCAGGAGGAAUCGGUUCAGUACCGGGAGCAACUGAUUCACGAGCUGGAAGAGGCAAAGCAGCUGACGCAGCGGGAGAAAGAAGGAGAGGCUGAGCUGAAAACUGCCCGCAAGCGAGAACUGGAGGCCCAGCUCACAGAGCGCCAGCAGCAGGAACAGGAGCGGCUGCAGCGCCAGCGAGAGGAAGAGGCAGCGGCGCAGCUAGAGGAGCAGCGGCAGGAAGAGCAGGAGCGGCUGGCGGCCCGGCGCAUGAUGGAGGAGGGCUAUCGCAAGAAGAUUUACAGUCACCCCAAGGCAGCCUGGACCUAAGGAAGGCCUGCAGGAGUCAGCGUCGUGGGUGCUGUUUGCCAGGGGCAGCUGCCCUUGCGGGAGAAUUUCUGCUGACGUGUUCAUAACGAAGUCCUGCUAAAAGGCAUUGAGAGUACUGUUCGCAUUGUAGGUUUAGCAGCUGGAAGGGUAGGUCGCCAUUGCUUGAAGCACUGGCUCAAUUGCUGCUCACUCCCCGCCUCCAGCUCCUUGGCCAGGCAGCAAGAGGCUCUGCUGGCUGCAGUGUUUCGAGCAAUGGAACGUUUCCCUCAAGGCUCUUGGAAAGGCUGUCAGGAGCACCCUCAGCCGCUUGCUAGGAGGAGCUUCCCAACACCAGGUUUUGGCCCCUCGUUCCUUCUGUGUGGGAGCCCGCUGCUUGCUUGCUGUGGCCCAGGCCUUCCUGAGCAAGGUGUGGCAGAGGGGCCCAAGCUUCGCCGGGCCGGGCUCGGGCUCAGAGAUGAAAAGGCAUUAAAGGUUUUUUUGCUAACUGUG